CCUUCUCUGUGUUUUCACUCUGAAGCUCUAUACAACUUUACACCUGAAUGAACGCCAAACCUCACUGGAUAUAUAAAGGGAACCUUGAGGAGGAAUUUCACAGUUACAGUGCAGAAGCAGAAGGAAAGGAAUUAACCAGCUCUCCAGCCAAGCAAAUCCUCUCCUCACCAUGCUUCCUCCUGCCAUUCAUUUCUAUCUCAUUCCCCUUGCAUGCAUCCUAAUGAAAAGCUGUUUGGCUUUUAAAAAUGAUGCCACAGAAAUCCUUUAUUCACAUGUGGUUAAACCUGUUCCAGCACACCCCAGCAGCAACAGCACGAUGAAUCAAGCCAGAAAUGGAGGCAGGCAUUUCAGUAACACUGGACUGGAUCGGAACACUCGAGUUCAAGUGGGUUGCCGGGAACUGCGUUCCACUAAAUACAUCUCUGAUGGCCAGUGCACCAGCAUCAGCCCUCUGAAAGAGCUGGUGUGUGCUGGCGAGUGCUUGCCCCUGCCGGUGCUCCCCAACUGGAUUGGAGGAGGCUAUGGAACAAAGUACUGGAGCAGGAGGAGCUCCCAGGAAUGGAGGUGUGUCAAUGACAAAACGCGUACCCAGAGAAUCCAGCUGCAGUGCCAAGAUGGCAGCACGCGCACCUACAAAAUCACAGUGGUCACCGCCUGCAAGUGCAAGAGGUACACACGGCAGCACAACGAAUCCAGCCACAACUUUGAGAGCAUGUCGCCUGCCAAGCCAGCCCAGCAGCACAGAGAGCGGAAAAGAGCCAGCAAAUCCAGCAAGCACAGCCUGAGUUAGAACUCAGACUCUCCAAACGAGACUGACUCGUAACCAUCUGCUUUACAGAUUCGAUCGCUUGGAAGACUCGAGCCUGCCAUUGCUAUUUUGUUACUUGAAAAUAUAUGCUUUCUGCUUUGAUCAAACCCACCAAGCUGUCCUAAGUAUCAGGACCUUCUUUGGGAAUCGCUUUUCAAGUUUUCAAGAUGUACGCAUAUCCAGGAGGACGAUUUGCAUUUAAAUCCCAGGCCACCUGUAGUUUUAAUUCCCCAUGGUUCUCCAAAGACUGGUGAUACAGUACACAUCACUGAAUCAUAACUUUUUAAAACAGAAAAGGUCUUCAAGUUUACCCUCCACUCCCCAGCCCAUCCCCCACCCCAUCCCCAACAAAACCCCUUCAAAAUUAAAAAGUUAAAAAAAAUAGUUGCCACUGAACCUUCACAGUAACACUUCGGAAAGGUGCUUUUUUGGGGGGGGGGUAAUUUUCAUGGAAACAGUUUAGCAGCCAUGAGUGAUAUCCUUUGAAAGAGGGCAAGAUAUUGUGACAUUUCACUUCAAAAAUCAGCCCCAUAGCUUUUGACAGUCUCAUAGUAUGAAAUUAUACCCUGCAUGCUGACCCUUGCUUAGAAUGGAAUGCCAGAAAUGCAUGGCAGCAGCUAAUAAGUAAAACUGAUGAACUAUUUAUUUGUCAAUGUUAUUAUUUAAUGAGCUUUCACAUGUGAUUUUUUUUUCAAACUGUUAAUUUUUUAUGUUUUGAAGCUUUCCCAUGUACCUAAAUAUUUUCCUGUAUGAUUUGUGGUUGAUCUAGAAAUAUGAGAAUACAUGUUGUAGAUAUGUAAAAUAAAUAUUUUAGUCUCCUUA